UAUAUGUCACUCUUCAAUAGUGUUUCACCAAGUAGUCUUGUACGAAAUCAAUUCAUUAUAAAUAAAGGAGUGCUUCGAAUUAAAAUUAGAUAUGAAUGUAGGAAAUUUUUCUAUUGAGUCUAUUACGUAAAAUAGGUAAACAAAUUUAUACUUAAUAUAUAUGAGAAAAUACUUUUAUCAUAAUGGAUUGGAUAAUAUCUGAUGAGUUGGGGCUGACUGUGGGACACUUGGUGGGUUGGGGUGCAGCUUCUGCGAUGAUUGUGGGCGGUGUAGCACCAUAUAUUCCUCAAUAUAGACAAAUAAAAAAGACGCAAGAUGCUGAGGGAUUUUCUCUUUAUGUUUGUCUAACACUAUUAAUAGCCAAUACGUUACGUAUUUUAUUUUGGUUUGGCAAACGCUAUGAGUUGCCACUAUUAAUACAAAGUAUUGUAAUGAAUGCAACAAUGUUUGCAAUGAUCCACCUGUGUGUAACAGUGAGAAAAAAGAACCAAAUAAUAAGAGCAAGAGAAAGAAUUUUUACAGGUGCAAUAUUCAUGUUAUAUAUACUAUUAUGUUGUGUAAAUGGCUCAGCUCAGCCAGACGAAACAGCGCACUGGUUGGGACAGCGUAGCGGCAUUGUAGGUGGAGAGAAACCGCAUCGCUUUUAUGAUAUGGACAGAAAAUAUUUCUGGGCGUGGACAGAUUUCCAAAGCUAUGUUGACUGUAUGUUAGUGUUCUCGGUGCUAGGGGCGGCUAUAACAUAUCUCCUUAUUGAAUUCUCACCAUUUGUCGAGAUGAUUGGUUUCCUAGCUGUUUUUACCGAAGCUAUGCUAGGAGCGCCACAGAUCGCUAAAAAUCAUCAAAAUAAGAGUACAGAAGGAAUGAGCGUGAGUAUGGUCAUAAUGUGGACGUGUGGUGACCUCUUCAAGACUGCCUAUUUCGUAAUUAGAGAGGCUCCCUCACAGUUUUGGGUGUGCGGAAGCUUACAAGUUUUAUUAGACAUAGUAAUACUCUUCCAAGUAAGUAAAAAAUCAUAUAAAAUCUAAAAGCAUAUUUACCUGCUAAAAGUACACAUAUAUUCAUUAUAUACAUUAUUUUAUACAUACAUAGGUUGUAAUUUAAAAAAAAAAACUUAUUUGAUCAUCAU